UAGGCAAUUAAAAAUAAAAAAAAAUUUACGUGUCCCCAUUUUUCUCCUAUUAUUCACAAAAAAAUCUCUUCUUCCCUCUAUUUCUCUCCAGUUCUUUCUCUUUCUGUCUCUCUUUGGAUUUCGUUUCCUUCGAAAAUCAAAGAGCUCAAGCUUCUACGGUGAGACGUGACAUUGAGGAAGUUGAAUGAGUAUCAAGAGUGUUACAAUUGUUUUAUGAAAAUAAGUUAGGAAAAGAAAAACUAAGAUUCCUAGUUGUGCUUUAUGUGUGUGUUUGCUCUGAAGAUUGAUAGUGUUGAUGCAACUGCUGAUUAAGGUCAAUGAGGACGAGAUUUUCUAGAUUUAGGUGUUUAUGGAAGUAUUGAUUAUCCUUCCAAGCAUUUAAAGCUGUGGGUACAAAGAGUUUGGUAGUUUAGACAUUGCAGCAGUAUGGCUAUUGCUGGUCUACACAAUGUUUCUGUGCUCGAAAAUUCUUUUCCAAGAGAGUCUCAGUCUCAACCAUCAAGAUCAAGAAGGCGGGAAAAUGGUAGCACCCGGGCAUCCUCAAUCUUGCAGAUGUGGCGGGAACUGGAGGAUGAGCAUGUGGUGAGUCACGCUCAAGAGAGAGGAAGUAAAAGAAUGCUCCAAAAAAGGACUGAUGACCUGUCGAUGACUGAUUCUGACAGCCAAAAUGGCGAACAUAUUGUUGUUUCAGAGGAUAUGAGCACGAGUGUGAAUGAGUUUGGACAAUGGUCCCAAGAUCGAUUCAGGUCACGGAGUGGGAAUGCGGAUUCAAGUAAUUUUAAUUGUGAACACUCAUCUGAUUUGGGGGAAGUUGAAAGGGAAAGGGUAAGGCAAAUCUUUCGGGAGUGGAUGAACAGUGGUGGUAGGGAACGUACAUCUAAUGUUUCCCGUAGAAAUAACAGUUCAAGGGCCCAGUUGCUUGAUGAAACUGAGCAGGAGAGAAUCAGACCUAUAAGGGAGUGUGUGCAGAUGAACAGUCAGCAGAGAGGUGCUUGUAUUCAGAGUAGAGAAGAGCAAGCGGCUGAUGCUGGUGCCGGUAUUGAACAUGUUCUUGAUGGAUUGGAGAUUAACCAGAAUGAAGACCGAACUGAGCAUGUGCAUAGGGCCAUUCGGAAAUUAUGUGGCCGACAGGCGCUGCUUGAUAUGCUUAAAAAGGCUGCGGGAGAAAGGCAAACAGAGGUUCAGGGUUUGCUGGAGCUUCGGGCUGUAUCAAAUUUUGCCCAUCGCAAACGCAUUCAGUCAUUGUUGAGAGGUAGAUUCUUGAGAAAUGACAAAAGGGUUGCUGGUGACAAAUCUACCUCCAUAGCAGCCAGUGAAUUAGGCCUAUUAAGACAAAAACAGACCGUAUCUGGUCUAAGGGAAGGUUUUUUCUCCAGAUUGGAUAAUUCUGGUUGUGGUCCUGCAAGCAGUAAAUAUUGCGAUACACCAUCUAACUCUGACACUAAGGGUAACAGAACAGAACAAAACCAUGUUGAUGAUUCAAAUGAAGUCAUAGAUAUUUUAAAUGGACAAUCUGAACGUGAGAACAAGGAAACUGACAACCAGAGUGUUUUGGAUGGUAUAACUGAUUUAGUGGCUGAUGUUGUUGAAGAUGUAAGUUGGCAGGACCAAAGCGGAGAUGUUACUGGACAAGUCCUGGAUGGGGACUGGAAAGAAACUAAUGCUAGUGAGUCAUCCCUUGAACAGAAUGAAGCUCGAGAACAUUGUAACAUAAAAGAAGUUGGUGAAGCAUCUCAUGAACAUUUUCCCCAAGAUGGCGAGAGUGGGACCUUUGGGUUAAUUAAUGUCGUAGAAAAUUUAGAACAGAAUCUAGUUCAAUAUAUUGAUGGGCAAGAACCUGCUUCUCAAGUUGAACAACUGCAGGAGGAUGAUCAGGAAAAUGAAGACGCAAUGUGGCAGGAAGCUAGUGUUGAGUAUAAUGUAUCGAUGGAUGGUCAUAAUGAAGAAGCCUCUGGCAUGCACCAUGAAGAUGGUGGGAAUGACGAUGGUAGCUUGCUUGAGACAACACGGAAUUGGUUGCAAUGGUCUUAUGAUCAAGAACCCGGUGGGAGAGCAGACGCAUUUUAUUUUCCUGAAGAUAAUGUAGAGAGUAUGGAGCUCAGGGAACUGUUAGAUAGGAGAAGUGUCUCUACCCUUCUUCAUAGUGGUUUCCGUGAGAUUCUUGACCGGUUGAUGCAAUCAUUUAGGGAAAGGCGAAAUCAUCUCUAUAUUGACUUGGAGCUAAAUGAAACAUCUGCUACUCCUGCUUCAGUUGAACAAGAUGUCGAACAGCAAAGCAGGGCUCAGAGUGAGGGUCAGGGAGAUGCUGAGGUUCCUCCACUUGCUCUUCCUUCACCUAGGAUGCCAUACACUCCUGCUUCUGUAGAACAAUACAUAGAAUGGCAUACCAGGGACCGGAAUGAGGGUCAAGGGGAUGUCGAGGUUCCUCCACUUGCUCUUCCUUCACCCAGGAUGACAUAUAUGCAACCACUUUGGGACCAGGAUUCAUACCAUUAUAAUUGGGUUCCACAUGAUAUGCAUCAGCAGUUUGGAAUUGAGUGGGAUAUCAUUAAUGAUUUGAGGUUGGACAUGGCAAGACUGCAGCAAAGGAUGAAUGGCAUGCAGAGGAUGCUUGGGGCCUGCAUGGAAAUGCAACUCGACUUACAGCGAUCAAUAAGACAAGAAGUCUCUGCUGCCCUCAAUCGUUCAGCUGGUUCACGAGGGAUGAUUGAUGACAGCUCGUCCAAGGAUGCCCACAAUUGGGAUAAUGUCAGGAAAGGGCUCUGUUGUAUAUGCUCCAAAGGCAAUAUCGAUUCACUACUAUACAGAUGUGGGCACAUGUGCGCUUGCUUUAAAUGUGGCAAUGAAUUGGUCCAAAGUGGAGCCAAGUGUCCAAUGUGUCGUGCACCGGUAAUUGAGGUCGUCCGUGCUUACUCAAUCCAAUAAAAAGAACAAAAGAAAAAGAAACAAUUAUAGAAUCUCUCAUCAGCUUUUGCUUCAGGAUCACUCCAGGUUGUACAUUUUUAUUAGAAUUUGUCCAUGGUGAAAGCUCCUGCUGCCCAAGUCCAACUGUCAAGACCGUUUUGUGAAAAAAAAAUGUUACAACUAUUGAAAACGUAUAAUAAGAUGUAAUUGUAUGUUUUAAAAAAUUUUGAUUUUUUUUUGGUAUGGUUAUAGCGGUUAAUUUGUGUCUGUUAAUAUGUGCCGAAAUCUUAUCAUGUGUCCUCAUAAAUGUCCAUCAAUUGGAGAGGAGGAUUUAUCAUUA